AUGUUAUCGAUGGAUGAUCCUAAUAAGGAAAAAGAUGAAAGAAAGUUGUACAAUUGGGACGAGUCACCAUAUGAGGAUAUUCGUACACAUGCAGCACUUAUAAGAGCAAAGGCACAAUGUCCGGUGACUCACAAACCAGUGAAUUUCGUUUGCCCGUACUCGGGAAUACCUACACAUGCAUCAAAAGAAGCGUGGGAAAGUGACACAGAAUACCACGCCCAGAAGAAAUAUGAGUUGUUGAAAAAGGUAAACUUGUACGAGCACGAUUUGAGGUCGGGUAGAAAGUUUGAAGAAUUUGCAUUUCCUGGUGAACAAGAGAGAGAUUUCAUGAUUAACAUGAGUGAUUGGGAUUCAUUCUUUUACACUAGAGAUUUCCCCCCAAUGAAUGAUGAAUUCAAUUUAGCAGCAGCCACUAAAGUUCUUACUUAUCCAAUGACAAUUGCAUCAAUUUUGUUUAAAUUUUCUCCUUACCAGAUUGAACCAAAGGGGCCAGUGACUGUGGAAGGUGCUAAAUCUCUAGGAGCAUUGAGAUAUAGUUUAUACCCACCAUACCAAAAGGCAAUUGAUGGAGUGACUCAUUUCAAAGAUAGACCAAUGAGGAUAUUCAUUUUGGGUCCCCGAAUGGAGUCUAUGCUACCAGGCUACGUGUGGAAACAAUUUGGAUACCUAUUUCCUAAAAGUAGAUUUGAAAUACACUUGAUUGGGCCAGAAGCAUAUUUUGAUAAGGAAACAAGGUCAUUUGCUCCUGUCAACACACCAAAUGGACGUCCAUUGAUUGAAAGAGUUGACGAUCAGAUAACCAUUCACCACCACACUCAAUACUUCAACGAGCUUUACGAUAUGGGCGAUCUAUUCCCAUUUGAUCCAUACUUGGACGUUUUUUUCCUCUUUCAUCCUGGCUUCCAAACUGCCGACCACAUACAUUGGGACAAAUCGUUGAAAGGUUUGUUGGAGUCAAAAUGUCCGAUUUAUGUUACUGGUUUCCAUGAUGAGGACAUAAACAAGGAAAUUGAUUGGUUGAAACGUCAUGAACUAAAUGAUGAGAUGGACUUGCUUAUGCAGAAAUCAGACAACCGUUUUGCUUGCACAAAAUUGGACAUUGUUGAUUCGAAUCCAACUGAGACAUUCAAUUUGAACAGUAAGGUGUUUGGAUUUAGAGGUAAGAGGUAUCAUGCCAUCAAGGUGUGA